CCCCUAUACCUUUGUUCAUACUUUUGUGCAAAUAGGUUCAAAUGUGCUUAAAACUGGUUUUAAGUGGCGUAUGGAAAAUUUGUUUGGUUAACAGUGGAAAGGCUCUUUACUGAAAUUCUGGAAAGUUGGAAACCAGCGAUUGACUUCAGUUUCCACUCACAGGUGUUAUCAGUGAUUACUUUCGGGAGAUCGGUGGUUUGCUGUUUGUUUAUAACCUCGCCCAGACCAAUCAGCAUUCUGAAGUGAAGGAGACAGCCCUCUUUACGUUAGGAGCGUUAGCUGAGAGUAGUGGUAUGCAUUCAUAUUAUAGUUUUUUUUAAUCUAUAGGUUUUGUAUUAUUUGUAAAUGUGCAUACUGGGUGACAUUUUAUGAGUUGUUUGUGUCUAGCAUAGAUGGUGUAAAAUAUUGUAUUUAAAUACAAAAAGUAAUCCCACACAGUCUUGACAAAAUGCGGUGAUGGCACUGUUUGUCCAAGAAAAAAAGCAUAUAGACGAAUAUAUGAUCAAAUUAGAAACAAAUUCCUUUAAAAACAACUUGAGUGAAAAAUAAAAAAUAGUACAUGGAAAUGGCAAACAUUUGAUGAAACAUUCUUUCCUCUUUUGUGUAGUUUUUUGCCAGCAGGUAUUGUGCCAUUCAGAAUUGUUUACAGAAGUAGGCAUGCUACUUUCACAGAACUCGCCACUGAAUUUAAAAAGGGUGGCAGUGUAUGUGGUGUUGGUACUGGUCUCCAAUAACAAAUAUGGACAAUGCCUUGUUAAAACAACGGGCUGUUUUGACAUUCUCCUUGACUUACUCAGAACCAGUUUUCCAUUCUCAGAUGAGAAGGGCCCAAAUGAAAAUAUUACCCAGGGCUGUCAGCUGUUGUCUUCUGUAUCAAGUGUUCUUUGUGCUUGUGUCAACAACCCCCAAAAUGAAGAGAAUCAACGGAUAUGCACAGCUGCCUUUUCGUUUUUAAAAGAGUGGCUGCAGAAAUGUGUUCGGAAAGAAAUAACACAGCCUAUUUGUUCAUUUGUCGGAUUGACAGUUGCAAAUAAUUCCUAUUCUCAGGACUGCUUUGCUACAGUCUGUGGUUUGGAUACCCUGGCUCAGGUUUUUGUUAAACUGGUCGAUGAGUCCAGCAGAAACCCCUUGUCUGGCGAGCUUGCAGUGGUGGUGACAAAGACCCUGUGCGCCUGCAUUGCUGAUAAUGAUUUCUAA